AUGGGUGUAGAUAUACAAACUUACAGGUUUAGAAUCGGGACCUUCAAAUCCGUACAAGGCCUUGAUGUAAAAACGCUUACAUGUUCCGCGAACUACAGCAGAGGUUUGAAAAUAGUAGGGUCUGUUGCCUUUAUAGGAAUUUUGCUACUCAUUGCUGGAGUGGAAUCAAACCCAGGACCUCUUACGACUGCGAAAUGCACAUGUUCUGCAAACCAAACAAAAAUCAAAGUGUCCGGGCUACCAACAAAUGUAGAUGAAGAGGAUCUCGAGAAUUUGUUUGAAAAUGAAAAGAAGCAAGGCGGUGGCAGUGUUAAAGAAAUCACAAUUUUUCCUGACAAAGCUACUGCGAUAGUUGAAUUUGAAGAAGAAGAAGCUGUUGAAAAGGUACUGAAGAAGAGGCCGAUUAAAAUAAAGAAGAAAACCGUUGAUAUAGAGCCGUACCAUACCACGUAUACUGUUGAGCUAAAAGGGCCACCUCUGACGUGGACGUCGAUAGAUGAACCAUCUAAAUGUUUGAAAAAAUCAUAUGGUGAAGUGUCAUGCAUUACAUUCUCAUCACAAGAAAGUGGUACCAUGUUUGUUACAUUCAAAGAUGGGAAAGUUGCAAAUAAGCUCGUUCUGAAAGGUGAACUCAUUGUAGAAGAGGUAACAUUCACUGCCGUAUUCCACUGCCCAGAAAACAAAAUUCACGAUAACGACGAAUUCACGGAUGUAGAUUGUAUAGGUUCAGAUGUAGACGAUAAGGAGAUGGACACCGGACAUGAUGAAGAUAGACUUUAUCCAUAUGAACAAUUCAUUAAAACCUUAGGACUCGUGGAUUACUACCCUAACAAGAUAAGUAUUUCCUGUGUAAUGACAAUCAAUAUGGAGUACGGAUCAAUGUUUGAUAAAGAUCAGACAAAAAUAAAAGUGACAGAACUUCCAUGGAUACUUUUAAGAAGUCUACUUGGGGUUUACUGUAAAGCAAGAGAUCGAGUAGCAUCAUUAAUUAAAGAAAGACCAGGAAGUCAAGAGCAAUUGACGAGCGAAUGGUUAUUUACCGAAAGUUAUGAUGAUACUGAGAUAAAUCCACUUGAUCUUUUCAUUACGGUUUACAAAUGUUGUGAUCCUAUGUUAAAGCAGCUUUUGUUUCAAAAAUGCUAUUCUUGUAAAAUCGCAGUCCCUUUUAUACAUGUGCUUCAUGACUUCUCAUCACAGAGUAGUAGAUCAGUUGUCUCAAUAUGGCCUUUAAGAUGUCUUUUUAUCCAGAACAGGUAUGUCAAUAAUGAAGGAAAAAGAAAUUUAAGCGUUGAAGAGGGGGUUUACGAGCACUCAACAAAUCUUAUAACAUUUGCGCGUAUCGGAAAAUCAGAUAAUUCUAAAUCAGAAAUGCUAAACUGGCUGUUAUCAGAUAAUAAUUGCAAGACAUUCUUUAAUAAAAAUUGCGUCCCACAAAUGAGCAGUCAUAAAUAUAGCGAAGGGCUCGUUGAAAUAUUUUGGCUUCCAGUAGGAGGUAACUCAAUGGAUAGGUUUAACAAUCCUGUCACUUUUUUAAAUUGUAGAGGCAGUUUACACAAUUUUCAGGAAGAAGUAUUAGAAUUUGUGUCUAAAUUAACUGACAUCUUCGUUGUGCUGUUAGAUAUCGAAUCUUUACAUGACACAUCUAAGUGGUGUACAGAUGAUUAUGUGUCAAAAUUUUCAUCGAUGAUAAUUAUCAUUGAUAAUCCUAUGAUAAGAAGUAACGAACCGAUUAUGAACACAUUCCGCUCAAAAAUACAAUCGCAAGGAAAGAAUUGUGAAUUAAUUUCUACUUACCAAGGUAAAAGAAAACUAAAUCCUAUUGAAAUGACAGGAAUAUUACAGCGGCAAUUGCAAAAUCUUCUCAUAAAACAUCACACAUUGUCAUUGAAUAAUCGCAUUACAUCUUGGUCUCAAAAUAUUGAUUUGGAUGAAGAUGUCGAUUCUUGCAAAGAUGGGAAAUCCCGUGCAAACAAUAUCAUGGAAGAAAUGAUAAAAGCAGAAAAAUCAUUGGAAUGGAAGACUGUUAUUACCCCAGUUCAAGCAACUAUAUCAAAUCGUAUAGCACCGUUGAUAAAACAGCAACAACGUUUACAGUAUCAAACUGAAAUUAAGGAUAUUGAUAGAAAACUACUUUUAUUGAGACAUAGCUGCUUGGAUAAUGUGACACCUACAGUAGAAAAAUUUGCAUGUUAUCUUUGCGAGACUCAUGCAUGUGAUCUUUCCCUCCAGUUUUUUCUUGGAUGGUUAAAUAUCAUGCUGGCAAAUCAAAAGAUGUCAGCAGUCCACGAAUUACAAACACAAUGCAAUUUAGACAUUGACAGAUUAACAUCUGCUAUUAAUGAUAAACAAAAUGUCGACCUCUUACUGAAAGCAACAGAAGAUAAAAUAGAAAAAUCUUCCUUUAGUAUUGAGCAUCUUCUCCGCGAAAUAAAUCAUAUUUACAAUGUGCGUUUGAUCUUAAAAAGAGAUACUUGCCUCCCCCCUAUAGACAAAAUGAAAACUACUUUAGCUGAAUUGAUAUAUAUUGGAUAUACAUUUGAACUUGUAGAUGGCGACAAUUUCUUUUUGCCUACUCGUUGGGUAGAAGAAAUUUUACGGUCCCUUUCACAUAAGAUUUAUCGUAAAAGAGUUCUGACACUUUCAGUUCUAGGACUCCAAAGCUCUGGAAAAUCAACAUUGCUGAAUACAAUGUUUGGAUCGCAUUUUGCUGCAUCAUCUGGGCGAUGUACGAAAGGCCUGACUUUGCAACUAAUUCCUAUGUUCCAAAGAAUUACAAAACGAUGUGAUUUUAGUUAUGUUUUAGUUGUCGAUACUGAAGGAUUGAGAGCUACAGAACUUUAUGAUUGUAAGUUGGCUCAUGACAAUGAAUUAGCAACCUUCAUUACUGGACUUGGUGAUGUUACUCUUCUAAAUGUUAUGGGGGAAAACAUUUGUGAAAUCAACGACAUUCUCAAUGUUACUGUCCAUGCUUUUAUACGAUUGAAAAAGGCAAAUAAGUCCUUGGAUAUUCGAAAAACAUGUUAUUUUGUACACCAAAAUGUAAGUGGAAUAUUAACUGCACGAAACGCUAGGCCAGGAUUACGAAUACUAGUGCAGAAACUCGAUGACGCCACUAAAGACGCUGCUCAGUUGGAAAAUGUUCCUAACAUCAGUAAGUUUAAUGAAAUUUUGGAAUUUGAUAUGGAUUCACAAGUAUUCCAUAUGCCAACACUUUGGCAGGGUAACAGCCCUAUGACUUUUGUAAACUGUGAAUAUAGUCAACAUGUUAACUAUGUGAAGAGCAAGGUGCUACGGGGGGCUUGUGAAAUGACAAAUAAGUCGUAUAAAUCGUUAAAUGAUUUAGUAAUCCAUAUGAAAGAUCUAUGGACAGGUGUUCUUAGCGAAGAUUUCGUCUUCUCAUUUCGAAACAAUUUAGAAAUCAAAGCUUACAUACAUUUAAACGAAUAUUUCAAACAGACACAUUCUGAAAUCGAAAGGCAAGUAUAUGAUAAAUGUUGUGUAUAUGCUCAAAAAACUUUUUCAAGGUCAAUUGAUAAAAAGCAGUUAGACUAUGAUUUUGACAAUGCUAAAACUUUUACUGACAAAACGAUAGACAAUGAAGAAGAGAAAUGGAAGCUAGAAUUGGAUGCUUUUUUGAGACAAAGUAAUUAUUCUGAACAACAAGUGCAAUGGAAAGGUUUGACAAUGACUCGGAUUGUCACUUCAUGUUUAGACCUUAAAAGCAAUAUUAGACUCGAAAUGUCUGCACUUUAUCAAGAUAGAGCUGUAGAAAUUUUGACAACAAUGGACAAAACACAUGAAGAUGAUCUUAUUAAAAGAUCAUGGAAUCUGGCAAAAGAAUUAAAAGGAAACUUUUCAGACGAUAUUAUAAACGAGAAAUUUGAAAAAAUCUGGACAGAUAUUGAUUCUCAAUCACUAAUGCGUAGCUCUGGUGAAUCUAAAUCAAUUGAUAUCAAAAAGAUCAUACACAAUUACUUAAACCAACUUUUUGACCAAGAUAAGCCUCUUUUAAAGAAAUUAUUAGAUUCUCGCGAUCAGAAUGCUGUAAUAAAUAAGUUACAGGGCUCUUUUGCACAUUUAUGCAUAGAUAAAUGCGAUUUCACCGCAAAAAAAACAUUUAUGGCGCUUCCACGUGUAUCGUAUCAAGAAAGACAAAAUUGA